UCUUGCACAGGUAUACUGGCUCCUCCCCUUCAGUCUUGCACAGGUGUAUCGGCUCCUCCCCUUCAGUCUUGCACAGGUAUAUCGGCUCCUCCCCUUCAGUCUUGCACAGGUGUACUGGCUCCUCCCCUUCAGUCUUGCACAGGUGUACUGGCUCCUCCCCUUCAGUCUUGCACAGGUGUAUCGGCGCCUCCCCUUCAGUCUUGCACAGGUGUACCAGCUCCUCCCCUUCAGUCUUGCACAGGUAUACUGGCUCCUCCCCUUCAGCCUUGCACAGUCUUGCACAGGUGUACUGGCUCCUCCCCUUCAGUCUUGCACAGGUGUACUGGCUCCUCCCCUGGUUACUCUGAUAUCUCUGCACACUGCACUGCACACGGCCCGCCUCUUUCAUUCAUUGGAUUUCAAGUCUUUCAAUCAUGGAGGCUCAAUAUCACAUGUGGGUGGUACCUAUGCAAAUACAGCCUGCCUAGGAACGCCCACUCCUCCAGACUGACACCCACCCAUCAAGGCAUUUUGAUAUUUGCAUAACUCCUCCCACUGCGUGCAUCAGGACUUUGAUGCUCU